AUGGAUACUGGAGAAGCAUCAGGAUUUGGUGGUGGUCUUCGAGGAGUAAAUGAAGCAGCUAUUGAAGAAAGUGGUUUACUUGGAACACGUCGCGGUUGUAUAAAUAUCAAUCGAUAUGAAAUUAUUUUUCUCUGUGUUGGUAUAUUAGCCGCAAUUACUACAGAUAGUUUAACAAUCGUUCGACUUGUUGAAAUUAUAAAUGAUACAAGAAAUGCUGAUUUUGCCUAUGCUAUACUUCUUCUUGUUAAUUCAGUAUUUCUUCUAUUAUUUCUUAUUACUGGCAUUUUGUAUCAACGUAUUACUGAUAUUGUAGUUUUUUUUAUUACUGCUGUUAUGCUUACUAUAUAUGUUAUUGUACAUUUUAUUGCUCGAAUGAAAACAAUUGAUAGGCAUGAUACAUAUGCAAAAAUUCUUCUAACUCGACUUAUUAUUACAAUUAUUUUUAAUAUAUGUUUUGUUCCAUUGGCAAUAUUAGUUAUUCAAGAUUAUCGUCGAGAUGAAUUUUCUAAACGACUUUUUGGUGCUUUUCCUGCUGAACGUCGUCCACUUAAAAUCUAUAAUAUAUUUGAUUGUUUAAUACGUAUUAAUACAAUGCUUUCUAUUUCAAUAUUUAUUCUAAAUCUAUACAAUUUCAAUUCGUUUGAAUGGCUUGAUAGAAUUUUCCUUGCUAUUGGUAUUCCUUUAACAUUUUUAUGGUUAGCUAUUGGUUCUGCUAUGGUUCGUCUUGAAAAUCAUAUAUUAGUUGGCAUUUUCUAUCUGAUUUCAUUAUUUCAACCUGGAUUUCUAUGUUAUUGUAUAUAUAAUGCUGUUAUUAAUACAUCAACAUAUGUGACAUCAGCAACAAUUAUAACAACAACUUUUACUGUUCCAACAACAAUGACAACUAAUAGUUCAGUAAUUCCAACGACACUAUUUACUAGUUCAAUGUUUCCAAUGAAUACAACAGCAAUACCGAAAAAUCUUGUAUCUGUACCUGAUGCACUUUAUGUGUGUAUAGGAACAAAUUUUCUUUCUCAUAUAUUAUCAUUAAUUUUUGCAUUUCUUUGUAUUCAUAAUUUUGGUAAAGGUCUUAAGGAGAGAGUAUUUAAUAAUCGAAUUGACAAAUGGUUUCAAAGACAUUGA